UACGUUUUAAGAGAUAAACUUCAAGGUCCCAAGAUGAUGCGGAAUGUGCACCUGGUGCCGGAGGACGAGGAUGACAUCUACUCCGGCUACAACGACUACAACCCGCAGUUUGACGAAGACAUCGAUAACGACGAAGGUUUCCAACAAGCGGUCAAAACCAGCCAUGGACGACGGCCACCGCCGACUGCAUCUGUGAAGCCUGUGCUAGGCGCAGGUCCACGACCGUUGGGUACUGCAGCACAGCGUAUGAAGACUGGCAUGGUGUCGUCUAUGGGACGGCCGACUACGGGAGCACAGGAUGGAGUGGCACGGCCCAUGACAGCAGUGCGAGCAGCUGGGUACUCGUCUGCACCACGAGGUAUGCAGUUUGACCCUCUGAACCAGGCCAAGGGACCAGCACCUCCACUGGAGGCUAAGGCAGAAGACAGCCCUGAGGAGAAGGUGAAACAGUUAGAGAAGAAGGUGAUGGAGCUUGUGGAAGAAAGCUGCAUGGCUAACAGUCGGGGGGAUUCAUUCAGCCUUGCGCUAGAGAAGGCGAAGGAGGCAGGACGUCAGGAGAGACAGCUGGUCCGACAACGUGAACAGCUGGCGUCCGGCGAACAGAUCAACCUGGAUCUCACCUACUCCGUCCUCUUCAACCUGGCCAAUCAAUACGCAGCUAACGAGAUGUACAAUGAGGCGCUGAACACGUACACGGUCAUCGUGAAGAACAAGAUGUUCAGCAACGCCGGCCGUCUGCGCGUCAACAUGGGUAACAUCUACUUCAAACAGCGCAACUACGCCAAGGCCAUCAAGUUCUACCGCAUGGCGCUGGACCAGGUGCCAACCGCACACAAGGAGAUGAGGGCACGUAUCAUGCAGAACAUUGCGCUGGUGUUCAUCCGUAUGGGGCAGUACUCAGAUGCAGUCACCACCCUGGAACAUGUCAUGAAUGAAAAACCUGACUUCAAAUCUGGUUUUAACCUCAUCCUGUGUUACUUUGCGCUGGGGGAUCGUGAGAAAAUGAAGAAGACGUUCCAACGCCUGCUGAACUGUGCGCUUAACAUCGAUGACGAGGACAAAUAUCUGCCACAUCCUGAUGACAAACAUUACAACAUGAUCCUGGAGGUGAUAAGGAAUGACACCUUGAGGCAGAUGGAGAGAGAAAAGAAAACGUACGCUGAGAAGUGCAUCAUGGCAGCAGCUAAGGUGAUCGCCCCUGCCAUCGAGAGCUCCUUUGCAGCUGGUUAUGACUGGUGUGUUGAGCAGGUGAAGACGUCCACUUUCCUUGAGAUGGCCAACGACCUUGAGAUCAACAAAGCCAUCAUGUACCUGAAGCAGAAGGACUUCAACCAGGCUGUUGAAACACUCAAGUCGUUUGAGAAGAAGGACUCCAAGGUGGCCUCCACUGCUGCCACCAACCUCUCAUUCCUGUACUUCUUGGAGAAUGAGAUUGGCCAGGCAGACAAGUACGCUGAGGUUGCCAUGACAGCAGACAGGUACAACCCCUCAGCCCUGGUGAACAAGGGGAACUGUGUGUUCAUGCAGAGUGAACAUGAGCGAGCUCGGGAGUUCUACCAGGAGGCACUACGGAAUGACUCUACCUGUACUGAGGCUCUCUACAAUUUAGGUCUGACCUACAAGAAGCUGGGACGUCUAGAAGAUGCCUUGGACUGUUUCCUUAAGUUACACGCCAUCUUGAGGAACAGUGCCCAGGUUAUCUACCAGAUAGCUGACCUAUACGACCUUCUUGAGGACACAGCGCAGGCAACGGAAUGGUUCAUGCAGCUUAUAGGGGUGGUCCCUACUGAUGCCUUUAUCCUGGCCCGACUGGGAGAGAUCUACGACAAUGAGGGCGACAAAACUCAGGCCUUCCAGUACCACUACGAGUCCUUCAGAUAUUUCCCCUCCAACAUUGAGAUAAUAGAGUGGCUGGGUGCCUACUACAUAGACUCCCAGUUCUGUGAGAAGGCUAUCCACUACUUCGAACGAGCUGCAGUUAUUCAACCUAGCCAGGUGAAAUGGCAGCUGAUGGUGGCCAGUUGUCACAGGAGAAGUGGUAACUACCAGCAGGCUCUUGAGACCUACAAGGAAAUCCACAGUAAAUUCCCUGAGAAUGUUGAAUGUCUACGUUUCCUGGUGCGACUUUGUAACGACCUUGGACUGAAGGAGGCCCAGGAUUACGCCACCAAACUGAAGAAGGCAGAGAAGGCUCGUGAGCUGAGAGAACAGCGUGCCAGUAGCGGGUCUCGGCGUGGCAGCGGGCGUGGUAUCCGUGAACACAGCGCCGGAAGUGACAGGGCCAGUUCUGCAGACUCAGGUCGAGGCGGUAGCGGGGGCAGUAGAGGAGGCAGCGCCCGUGCGGGGAGCGCGUCCCGUGGCGGCAGUGCUCGCAGCGGCAGUGGGCGGAUGAGACUCCCGGAUUCCAACGAGCCUUAUGAAGCCACCAGGAGGGAAGUCGAUGCCUCCUAUGUUGACCCCCUGGGCGCGGCAGCAGAGCGGCCUAAGACGGCAGCCCGACAGCGAGGCCAGCAGCCGGAGGACGAGUUUGGGGAUGAAGAACUGGGAGACGACCUGCUGCCGGACUAGAGCCUGGAACAGGCGCUUCAGCAAUACUACAUACUAGAUAUAUUAUUAUCCUGCAUAGAUCUAGUUAUAGACUGUGCAUAAAGUUCCAUAGAUUUGCAUAAGAAAGUAUGUAUCUGUGACGCCUCAUAAAAAUGAUCUUAUACUACUUAUAGAUGUCAUUAUAGAAGCUGUAUUUUGGGUGGCCCAUGCACUAUCAUUGUAUGCUGAAGAAUAGCAUAUUUCAGGAAAUGUUUUCAUUACUUUGUUCUUCUUAUGUGCAGGAGGUCUCAGCAAAUUCUAAAAUGAGCAGAACAAAUUUAUCUAUUCACCAUUCAAGAAAUUUGAAGAAGAAAAAAUGGUCACAUUAAACAAGGGGUCUCUAUUGGCAAGCUUCAUGAUGUGAACGUCAACAGGAAAAAGAAUCUAAGGGACUAACAAAAAGUGGCUACAAUGACUAGGUUGUUGCAUGGAGCUAACUCCAUAGUUUUUGUCAUGUAGCUAGAGGUGAUCACUAGUACAGGCUUGACAGUAGUCUAAAUCUAUAUAUUCUAUUACAGUUCCUGGGGUACUGUUUACAAGCUGUCAUUAGGAUAGAUGUACAUCUGAACAUUUGUACACUUUGUCUACUGGCAGUAGACUAAAACCAUUUGGCAUUUCAUUCUUAUUGUCAAAAAAUUGUUACUGAUCUUUAGCACUUUCUCACUGUGGUACAUGUACACUUCUCAAUGGUAAAACAGUGAGCACGAAAUAAUGUUUACAGUAUGCUAGAUAGGUAAGUGGCUGAUUUGCAUGUAUAUACAAUGUACAUGUAUUACCAAAAGUAUUGAGCAUAUUAUUCUCUUAUAAUGGGCAUUGUAUAUGUAUCCAAAGUUCCAAACUAAAGUAGAUGUUUUGUUGAUGACUUGCCAAUAAAGUAUGGUAUGACAGAU